AUGAACUUCCGCAAUCUAUUCUUGUCCCUCUUUCUGGUCCUCGCCGUAGGCUUUGCCUUGGUCCAGGCUGAAGACGCCAAGGAACCUCGAGGCCCCAAGAUCACCCACAAGGUAAAUUUCAGCAAGGAAUCAGGAAAUGGGGUCAAAGGAAUUGCUGACGAGGUCAAACAGGUCUACUUUGAUAUCAAGCAUGGCGACGAGUCUCUUGGUCGUAUUGUUAUGGGACUUUACGGCAAGACCGUUCCCAAGACCGCUGAAAACUUCCGUGUCUUGGCCACUGGCGAGCAGGGCUUCGGUUACGAGGGCUCAACCUUCCACCGUGUCAUCAAGGACUUCAUGAUUCAGGGUGGUGACUUCACCAACCAUGACGGCACUGGCGGCAAGUCCAUCUACGGCAACAAGUUCGAGGAUGAGAACUUCAAGCUUCGCCACACCAAGAAGGGCCUUCUGAGCAUGGCUAAUGCCGGCAAGAACACCAAUGGCUCUCAGUUCUUCAUCACCACCGUCAUCACCUCCUGGCUCGACGGACGCCACGUCGUCUUUGGCGAGGUCCUUGAGGGUUACGAUAUUGUUGACAAGAUUCAGAACGUCCCCAAGGCUCGUGGUGAUAAGCCCGAGAAGCCCGUUACCAUCGCCAAGAGCGGUGAGCUCGAGAUGGAGAAAUCGGAAACCGAGGACAAAGAACUCGUCGAACAGCCGGUCCCUACGCCAACUCCUGAGGAAUCACCAGCAACCGACCAAUCCUCCUACUCUUUGCAGGCUCUGCUCAUGUUCGUUGUGCUUAUUGCUGUGAUUGGCUUCUACAUUGCCCGCCGUCGCAGCCAACAGCAGCAGCAAGAUGAGAAGCAAUUCGAGGCUUAA